GAUUUUAAUCGUUGGGAAUUUUUUUGUAAACAGGAAAUGUUUCUAUUUUAGACUUUUUUAGAGGUUUCUAUUUUAGACUGAUCUAUAUCCGUGAAAAGGGUACUGUGUUUUAACUUAUGGGUGAAUACAUUAGGGUAUAUGCUGCACUGUAAACCUUAUUUCAGUAUCUUUAUAUAUUUUCCACUCUUUUUCCGUUUAAAACUAUGAAAUAUUGUAUUAUUUUUGUUUGACUACAGUUUAAAAAUGAGCGACAAUAAAGACCCUCCCACUAGUUUUGCCAUGAAAAUGUCUCUGUCCGGGGUCAGGCUUCGAUUUUCAAGCGUUCAGCAAAUUUCGACCGGAGAUUUGAUUUCAAUGUCAAACAAUGCGGACGAUUUAUUAUUAGCGGAUUUCCGGUACAAAUAUGAGUACGACAUCAGUAGGAUACCGGGUGCAGUUUGGUUUGAUUACGAAGAUACAUUGGAAAAUAAUGUGAACAAAUUGCUGGACUUGGUUAGAGAUAAACAAAAUACUUUUGAUGGGACUUUAAAUAUUGUUGCAUAUUGUGCGCUUGGGUUUAGAUCUUGUCAGCUGAUUGAAAAGUUUCAUGAGAAGUUGUUGGAGUCUGAUACUGGGUUGAAGGGUCAAUGUAAAUGCUAUAACCUGGAAGGCAGUAUUUUUAAAUGGGCGAAUGAAGGCAAACCACUGGUUUCAAGUAAUGGGACGCCCACAGUGUUUGUGCAUCCGUUUAAUAAAGUUUGGGGGAAAUUAUUAGAUGAAAAAUUCCACAAAUCCUGAUGAGCUGAUAGUCGUUAGUUGAUCCUCGCAUUGCAUGGAAUUUAAAAGUUUUUAACACAGACAAAAAGUUAUCCUAAGACAAGUUUAGAAAAAUAACCUAUGAAAAUCUUCUACAAAGUUAAAUAUGUGGCAUCAUGUUGAAAAUAAGAAAACUGCUUCUGUUUUUUAUUGUGUCAUGUUACACUUACACUGCUAUGCAGAGAUAAACAAUUGUUCUUCAUUUAUUCAUUAAACUACCUGAUUCAGCAGAAACGUCAGUAUUGUAAUACUAGACUGUUUAAUAGUAUAUUUUUUUGUAUAAAGUGUUUGUAUAUUUACAAUAUUUUAACUUUUUUAAGUAUAUACAUUUCCAUUUAUUUAUCUUGUUAAUUUUUUAUACACUCUAUGCACAAAUGAAACACAUCUUCACUUGAUUUUUCCUUGUGUUUUGUUAAUAAUUGAACAAAUUAUGUUUGUUUUAUUUAUUUAGUAAUUAAGUUUGUGUUUGAAUACAGUAUUGAAUAGUUCAGCCUAAAUAAAUGUAUAUGUAUAUAGCAGGUCUGGGAAGAUGGGAAACCUUUUUGAUCUAUUUUCUUGUCCUAUUUGGAAGUAAACAAAAAACAUUUGAAAAAUUACAAAACCGUAUCCUCACAACUCCCAUAGACCGUUGGUAAUUGUGUAAACAUGCUCAGGAUAUUUGGAUAUUAUGUGCUAAAGGUGUUCCAUCUUCCCCACCCUACUAUAUUUUAAUAUAUAUAAUAAUAGUUCUAUUCAGAGUUUUUUAAAUAAUUUUUAAACUUUUAUUACUUUGAAGCAAAUUGUUGGUUGAUUGCAAGGUUUAAUGAAAUCCUGUUAAAUUAAAGCAAUGGUAAAGGACAAGGAGUUUCCUAUUUUACAAAAGACGAACAAAAUGAGAUAUUAGAACAAACCAAGCUUUCGCCAAGAUACUUACAAGAGGUGCAAAAACGCUAUUCGCAAUAUGACACAUCAAAAUCAAAAGAUGAAACAUCGGGUGUCACCAUUGAGCAAGUUCUUCUUAUCCCAGAAGUAAAUCAGCACAAACUUGCGCCCAUUUUUGCUGAAAAAUAUGGGGGCCGAUCCGGUAUUCUGUAUCCCAAAGAAUUUGUAAAUUUUUUUGCUGCGUUUUCUUCUGCAAGGACACCAUCUGAAAAAGUUGAAUUAUUAUUCGAAAUACUGGAUGUCAGAAAACUUGGUUACCUACAAGGAAUUGAGAUGUAUAGAUAUUACCAUAUCUUGCUCUCUCCAUCACUAAGCGAUUCUCAAAUCGAAAAUGUGGCGAAAAAGGCGUUGAAUCUAACUGGAGGAAAAAUAGACUUGGAUAAAUUUAAACAAAUUGUCCAACCAUGGGAAGUAGCUGAAAAAAUGACAAUUGUUUUACAAUUAACCGAUUAAAUUUGAAUUUUUAUAAGUUUUUUCAUACUUUAACCUUUUACCAUCUUUGGUUGAUAGCAGCUUGAAUACCAAUUAUUCUAACUAUACUGAAUGAUUUAGAAAGCACUGUACAUCUAUUAAACUUAUAUUUUAUUCAUAGAGUUGUAUAUUUUUAUGCAUUUUUACAUUUUAUAUAAUUAUAUGUUUUUAGAUAUUUAGAGUUUCAAUUACUAAUUUAUAAUGGAUGUCCUGGAUAAAUUGACCUGCAAGUUUACAAAGUUAAAAGUUGGGCUUCCCAAUUAUGUUCUGUUGGAUGUUGACCAUAUUAAGCAAGAAGGCAACUGGGAUUGUGGUAUUGCUUCACUUAGAAUGGCUGCUAGGUAUUUAGAGAGAGCCACAAAUGCCAUGGUUACAAUGGAUGAAGCAAUUUUAAAGCAUGGUUUGGAAAAAUCUGUUUGGACGAUUGAUCUUGCAUAUCUGUGUGCUAUUAUGGGUAUCAAACACAUAUUAACUACAAUUACACUCGGUGCUGAUUCUACUUACUCUGAAGAAUCUUUUUAUCUGAAUCAAUUGAAAACAAGCUUUUCUGUUGAAAUGAACAGAGUUAAUAAGCUGUUUAAGUCAGCACAGAAAAGAAAUGUGUUUGUGGAAAAGAAAUCAAAAAGUGUUACGAAAAUUUUUAACCAUAUAGCAACUUAUAAUCAGCCCGUUAUUGUAUUAGUUGAUGACAGCAAGUUAAAAAGAAUUUUUUUAACUGAAUCUUCUGUUGCAACAAAAACUCCCGAAAAUGCCGAUCAUUCACACACUGGUUUAAACAGCUCACAAAGUGUGAAACCCAAAACAAUUAUUCAAAAAGAAGAACACAGUAACACUACAAGUACUGAAGAAUUUGUGCAAAAUGAUGAAAUAACUUCUGUAGAAAAUGAAGAAAAGUUAAAAUAUUGGGGACACUUUAUUUUAGUUGUUGGUUUUGAUUUGAAACAAAAGGAAGUAAUAUUUAAUGAUCCUUCAGCAAAUUACCCCAAGAGUCGAUGCAGUAUUUCAAGUUUUGAAAAAGCAAGGAAGAGUUACGGUACUGAUGAAGACCUGCUGUUUAUAUUUGGAAAUGAAUAAGUCGUUUAUGGGUGGUGAUAGUAGAUGAAUGAUACUCACCUUUUUUUCUUGCGUUGUCGGACAACCCAGAGUUCUAACACAGGUUCUUAUCACAUACAAGAUGUCGUGACUUUAUACACCUCAGGUUAUUGAGUAUGUAAGAGAUUAUGCUUAUGAUUUUUUUGGGUAAUUGCUUAGGAUUUUUAGACAUCGUAUUAGUGACCACUGAGUUAAAACAAUUAAGUGUUUUGUGCAAGUACACACGCCAAUAAUGACAGCAGCAUCAAGCUUUGAAAUUAAGUUGUUUAACCAUUGUGCUUCAAUGUAGAACUGUUUUUGUAGUUAUCUUUUUAUUGUAGGGUACAAUGUUCAAAUCCCACAGCUGCCAGCCGGCAAAACAAGUGCUGAUAUCCCACAUUUUAUUUAUUUAACAUAUAUGUAAUAUGGGUAAACCACUAUUGUGAUUUGAACCAAUAUGCAUGUUUGAAUUUUUAACUUAUUUAUCUAGUGUUGUUAUAAAACUUGUUUCAAUUUUUACUUACUCAUGUGCAAUAAAGAUAUAAAUCUUUGUUUU